UAUGACUAUAUUCCACUUUUUAUGUGAAAUUUUAAUCUUUUUAUGUUUACAAAUGUCUUGGAAAAAAAACGUUUAGUAGAGCUGUAUAUCAGGUGGAAACAGCAUAGCUUAUGAGAGGCUAACAACAUGGCAGCCACCACAAACUGGAGUAAUUUAGGUGUAUCUAUUUCCAAAGUUACACAUAAUGCAAUUCAAGCAUUAGGCUUUAAAAGGGCAACCCCUGUUCAGGCAGCGUGCAUACCUCAGUUUAUGAGAAACAAGGAUGUCGCUGUGGAGGCGAUAACAGGCAGUGGAAAGACACUAGCAUUUGUCAUCCCCAUUUUAGAGAUACUUCUAAAGCGUGAAGAUAAACUGAAAAAGAAGGAGGUUGGCGCUAUCAUUGUUACACCAACACGAGAACUGGCUCAGCAGAUUGAUGACGUACUGUCGCACUUUCUCAAGUUCACAAAGGAGCUAACGCACAUUGUCUUUGUGGGAGGCGGAAGUACUGAACAGGACAUCACACAGUUUGCUGAGCAUGGUGCCAAUAUCAUUACGGCCACACCUGGACGCUUGGAGGACAUGUUUCGGCGUAAGCAGGAUGGCUUCAACCUUGCAGCUCAUGUUAAAAGCCUCGAGGUGCUGAUAUUGGAUGAGGCUGAUCGGCUGCUAGGCAUGGGGUUUGAAGACAGCAUCAAUGCUUUGCUGGGCUACCUUCCCAAGCAGCGACGCACCGGCCUGUUCUCGGCCACGCAGACCAAGGAAGUAGCGGCGUUGAUUCGCGCUGGACUGCGCAAUCCCGUGCUCGUCAUCGUGAAGGAGCGGAAGGAGUCGAGUGAGAGUGUGCAGACGACACCGACGACACUCGUCAACUAUUACAUGAUCUGUGAUGCUGACAGGAAGUUCAACACGUUGGUUGCGUUUCUCAGACAACACACACAUCUCAAGCACAUGAUAUUCUUCAGCACGUGUGCUUGCGUCGACUACUUUUCCCGGGCUCUGGAAGUCCUUUUAAAAAAUUCAACUGUCCUGUCAAUUCAUGGCAAGAUGAAGUCGAAGAGAAAUAAAAUAUUCUCAAAGUUCCGUACAGUGGAAAGUGGGGUGCUAGUGUGUACGGACGUGAUGGCACGUGGAGUUGACAUUCCUCAGGUACACUGGGUGAUUCAGUAUGACCCUCCCACAACCCCCAGUGCCUUCGUUCAUCGAUGUGGACGCACAGCCAGAAUCGGACAUGCCGGCAAUGCUCUUGUGUUUCUGCAGCCGACAGAAGAUGCAUUUGUUGACUUUAUUGCAAUCAAUCAGAAAGUACCUCUCCAAGAGAUGGCGCCACUUGACAGCCCAGUUGAUGUCUUGCCCAAACUACAGAACUUGGCAAAGAAAGAUAGGGCAAUCUUUGAGAAAGGAAUGAAGGCCUUCGUCUCCUACGUUCAAUCUUACGCUAAGCAUGAGUGCAACUUUAUCUUCAGAUUCAAGGAUCUGGACUUUGGUAAGCUGGCAACGGGCUUUGCUCUGCUGCGCAUGCCGAAGAUGCCCGAAACGAAAGGACUGCGAUUUCGGAACUUUGCCAAGGUCGACGUAGACACAAACACAAUCCGUUACAAGGAUAAGAACAGAGAGAAGCAACGGCAGGCACAAUUAAAGCGGAUGCAGGAGCCGGGCUAUGUACCCACAAAGAGGCUUCACAGACAGCAGAAGACGGUUGCCUGGUCGAAGCAGAAGGAGCAACAAGAGAAGAAGCAGGAGAAGAAGAUGAAGAGGAAGCUAAAACAGGAGACUGUGUACAACGAGGAGGAGGAGGAGGAGGAUCUCGAGGAGCUGGAGAAAGAUGCGAGACUCCUGAAGAAGAUGAAGAAGGGGAAGAUAUCCCGGGAGGAGUGUGAUAGACAGCUCGGUGGUGGGAUGGAUGAGGAUGAGGAUGAAGAUGAGGAUGGUAACAAUUGUGCAGCCUCGGACGCUUCAUCAUGAGCCCUGCAACAACCAACUGUAGACUACAGCAUCUAACAGCACAAAUGUGAAAGCUAGUGUAUCACAGAAAAUCGCCGUGAAUGACACGCUCGUUUCGAAGGCCGUCUCAGUAGAAGCGUUUCACUUUCACGAUUUCAGCUCAUUCACAUAAUUGUUUGUACGUGCAAGUGAUCUCAUGAGGUAUGCUAAGUGUAACAGAAGACGACAACUUGUCUGUGUAGUGUAGCCCCACACGCACGCACAAUUGCUGGUAAUCGUGCUAGGUUAUGCAACCUCGGACUAUUCUUGGUAACACUUGAUGUUACUUGGCAGUAACAUUUAAAGAAAUUAAAUGCAUUCAUUUAACGUUCAGGAUGUUUAUGAGCUCUGACAACGUAAUCUUCAACAUUAGGCUGUUUAUUUGCUGUUAGAGUGGCUUUUUAACUGUUGCUAAGGGAAGGUGCUAAAAUUCACAACAUCAUUGAAUAGCAUUAUCUGUUGUAUUGUAAAUACUGCUGUCAGUUUGAUAACGUGGUGUACUAUGUAUGUAUAAUAGUACUGAAUCACAGAUGGGGCAAUCUAAAAAUAUUUCUUGUUUACCACAACUCGACGUACAUUUUAGGCGUGCAGAAAAUGCAGAAAAUAACUACAAAUGCUUUGUCAGCAUACGGACCCACCUCUGAAAUUCUAAUCGUGUUAUACUGCAAACAGUAAAUCAUUUCUCAACAAGAAAGAAUAGGCUGGCACGAUAUAUCUUCUCUCUUUGAGUGAAAUACGCAUUGGGUGAAAAGUAAUGUUGAGAAGUUGCACCGUUUUAGUUUUGUUUAAAUAUCUGUACAAGAUGUUUAUAUUUGUAAAUAAAACUGUUUAUCAAACCAAUAA